UUUGACUGGCAGCACUGUUUGAAUGACGUAAUUAAUCUGGCAUUAUGGCAGAAUUCUAGAAUAUUUAAAAACUCGAAUACGAGCAUUAUGUGUGUAUAUGACGUUACAAUUAACAUAACACGUGACUAUAUUUUACAAAUUUCAGUGGUGAGUAGUCAAAGAAAGCAAAUAAUGUUUUUAAAUAUUUUGUUUAAUUCUUGAAAUGCGCAUUAUAACAACUGGUUUAUGCGAAAAGUUUACGAAGACUAAACAUUUGUGUUUAAAUCGUUUGCACACCUGCGUCAAUCACUACAACAUGUCACGAACUGCGGGGAUUCUAAUAAUAGGUGAUGAAAUAUUGAAAGGACAAACCCAAGACACAAACUCCGUUUAUUUAUCUCAAUCCUUGCAUAAGUUGGGGGUUAAUGUGCGAAAGAUUUCAGUGAUUGGGGAUAAUGUUGAUGAGAUUGCUGUUGAGGUGAGAAAGUUUUCAUCGGAUUAUGAUAUGGUUUUAACAUCGGGUGGCAUCGGACCCACCCAUGAUGAUGUCACACUGGAGGGUGUGGCACGCGCUUGUGAUGUCACAAUCCACCCACACCCAACGUUGGUGGAAUUAUGCGAAAAAUACUUUGGGGUGAAAGAUUUAAACUCCCCGCAAUUGAAACUCGCUCAUGUUCCCGAAACCUCACAACUUCACUUUGGGGUCGACCCCGUUAAAAAAGAAAAACUAAAAUUCCCGUUGAUCGCUGUCAACAAUAUCUAUGUUUUCCCAGGAAUUCCUGUCCUACUUCAAAGACUCUUCACAAGUUUGCAACAUUUGUUCAAAACUGAAGAUAAGUUUUCAACGAAAGAAAUUCUGGUUAAUUGUUUGGAAACGGAAAUUGCUGAGGUUUUACAAAACUGUGUGGACGAAUUCAAGCACGCGGGUUUAAACAUUGGAUCUUACCCUGAUUGGUCGAAUAAUUAUUACAAGGUUCGGAUUGUAUUGGAAUCGCUCAACCAUGAAGUGGUUGACGCCGCCACUCAAUAUUUACAUAUGCGCUUGCCAAGUGAUCGGAUCUUACUAAACUAUGUGUUGGAUCCUGUAUCGUUGAAUGGUGGAGACAUCAAUGCAACAAACUUUCAAUCAAUGUUGUGGCAUAAAGUUAAAUCAUCAUUGGAAGUUUUAGAAGAAACCUUACGCAAGUAUGAACCUCAUGAAAUAUGUGUUGGUUUUAAUGGAGGGAAGGAUUGUACUGCGUUGUUGCAUUUGUAUCACGCUGCCCUGUGUAGAGCAGGUAUUGAGAUCAACCCAACAAACUUCAAAGCUUUGUACAUCAAGGAUAAAUAUCCAUUCGAGGAAGUUGAACAGUUCAUGGAGAGUUCCGUCAUCAGAUACAAAUUCCACCUCACCACGAUGACGGGCGAUAUGAAGCAAGCAUUGGAAGCAUUGAAGCGUGACCACCCAUCCAUAAAAGCUGUUGUCAUGGGAACUCGAUGUAGCGACCCACAUUCUAUGGAUUUAUCCUCGUUCACGAUGACGGAUUCUGAUUGGCCGAGGUUUAUGAGAGUCAACCCGCUAUUGCACUGGACGUACCACGAUGUUUGGAAAUUCAUGAGGAAACUUUAUCUUCCAUAUUGUGUGUUGUAUGAUAAGGGAUACACGAGUUUGGGAAGUCGCGAUAAAACCGAACGCAACAAGAAGUUGCUGACCACCAAUAUACAUGGCAGUUCAAUGUAUUUGCCCGCUUAUACUUUACAAGAUGGAGACUUGGAAAGGAAUGGACGACUGUGAUUUAUCUAUGCAAUAAUUACUUUUAUCAAAGCAAUAAAUUAAUUCAAGUUAAACAA